AUGAAGAAAAGUAGUCUGGUGCUUAACUCAUCUUCAUCUUCUCGAAGAAGUUCCAGCAGUAACAGUAAACGUCGCAUCCUGGAUACGAGCACCAGUAAAGCCUCCAGAAAAGAAGUUAAGGUGUUAGACAAUGAUGGCAAAAAUGUCACUCCUCAGCCCCUGUAUCACGCAGAGCCCCGAGACAUGCCGUCCAAACCAGGCAGAUUAUUUUUGCAUGAAAUCUCUCCUGGCUCAGGUUCAGACCACUGGAAUACCAGUUCAAGCUCCAGUACACCCUUUUGCAGCUUAUUUAUGGGUAGUACCCUACUAUCCAGAUUCUCUACGACAACUUCACUGACUAAAGAGACUGAGGAUAGUGUUCCUAAACCGGAGAUACCAAUAAGCCCUCCAGUGCCGAUGAAAAGAGACAGUGUACAGCAACAUGUGACAGAGGAGAUGCUGGAUGAGGAAAUGGAAAUCUGCCUCACUGAGACAGACACCAUUUCUCUGCUGGACAUACCCAACACUUCUGUGUCAGAGGAUGCUGAUGAUGCAGAAGAUAUUCAAGAGACAAACACUCGAUAUGCUGCGCUUUGCAAGAACAAAAUGGGCAAUGAUAAGUAUGUGGCACACUCAAUGCAGACGUUUACUGGAGCACCAAAAAGCAAAGAAACCCAGACUGACACACUCAGCAUGGCAAAUGAAGGCACAAUAGUUACUAUCUGGGACAUCUAUGACUCUUUCUGUGGCCAAAAUGAAACCCAAAAUGAAAGUGAGAUGGCUGAUUCUCCAGAGAGUACUGUGAACACCAGCAAAUGUAAAGAGAAGAGAGGAGAGAGGAGCAGCAGCGCAGUCAGCAGCACCAUGAGCUUGCUGUUAGAAAAGGAAAUGAAUGGCAGCAGUAUAGAUGCUGAGUCUGACCCACAGCUGGUCAUGAUGUCAGAGUCAUUCCAACACAGCUUAUUAGUGAUGGAGAGGAGCAUCGUGGCAAACAUCUUUCAGCCCAAGCUGGCUGCUUAUAGACAGCUGCCCAUACUCAAAGACUCUGACAGCGCAGUGAAGCCUAGGACCAAGGAUCAGAGCAGGAAGGUCGAGGAGAGCUCUUUAUCUCCAACUCUUGAACGUCUCUGGGCUUUCAGCUGUGAGCUCACCAGAGGGUGUAACAUCACCAGCAUGGCCUGGAACAAGAAGAACCAGGAUCUCCUGGCAGUGGGUUACGGCAGCUAUGACUCCAAGAGCCAGACACCAGGUUUAGUCUGCAGCUGGUCCCUCAAAAACCCUACGUGGCCAGAGCGAGUCUUCCACUGUCAUAGCUGUGUGACUGCCCUGGAUUUCUCAGACAACAGCCCCGGCCAGCUGGCUGUGGGGAUGUACGAUGGGACUGUAGCCAUCUACGACAUCCAGAGUUGGACCACCCCAUGUAUCGCCAACAGCAGUGAGUGUUACAAAAAGUGCCUGCAUCCAGUGUGGCAGGUCAAAUGGAUCACACCAUGUCCAGAGACGACGUUAUCAGGGGAGGAAGCUCUGGUCUCUUUGUCAGCAGACGGCAGGAUUGCCAAGUGGAUUCUCUCUGGCAAUGGUCUUGACUGCAUAGACCUGCUGAAGCUAAAGAAGACUCACAGCUGUAAACAGAAAGCUGAAGAAAAUAAGACAGAACUUAGUCUGUCAACAACAGCUUCUGGUCUUUGUCUUGACUUCCAUCCAACGGCUUCCAGUAUAUAUCUGGUUGGCACAGUGGACGGCCUCAUCUGCAAGUGCUCCAUCUCCAACAGUCAGCAUUUUCUGGACACCUACCGAAAACACGCUCUCCCCGUGAACCACGUUGAAUGGUCUCCAUUUAGUUCUGAUGUGUUCCUGAGCUGCUCCUCUGACUGGACCAUCAAGCUGUGGAAGCAGGACCUCUUAACGCCCAUGUUGAGCCUCACAUCUGCCCAGAAGGCCGUGUCUGCUGUCAGGUGGUCCCCAAAGUGGUCCACAAUAUUUGCAGCCAUCAGUGGUCAACAAGUGGAGAUCUGGGACUUGACUUCAAGCAUCCAGAGCCCAAUCAUUGUGCACGAUGCUGCAGCUGGUGUGAACAUGACGUCCCUGCUGUUUACCAAAGGGACAGACUGUGUCUUGGUCGGGGACAGUGAUGGGCAAGUGACCGUCUACCAGCUCAAGAACCUCAGUGUGGGAGGAGGCAAGCAGGUGGACAGUUUGGAAGACAUCAUUCACUCUGCAGUUUCCAGGUCACAAUAUUACUUUACUGUACUGUAG